GUGGGCCAAAUUUGAUAGUCUAAAGGCUCUUCAGCCUCCAUGGUCCCGUGCACCAUUUACCGACUGAAAAUGGCGCAACAUCAAUAUGAUUUGUGGGCGUUUGCCAUGUAGACUCCAGUUAUAUAAACUACCAAUCUUUCCACCUCUUUUUCAGUUCUCUCUCCCUUCUUCACCAUCACCUAAAAGAAGAAGAAGAAGAAGAAGAAGAUGCCUUGCCUUUAUAUCUCUACUAACGUCAACCUCGAUGGCCUUGACGCUGACCCCAUCUUCUCUGCCGCCACGAAAGCCGUUGCAGAGAUCAUCGGACGUCCCGAAAAUCUGGUUAUGGUGAUACUGAAGGGGUCAGUGGCGAUAUCGUUCAAUGGGAAUAAAGAACCAGCGGCGUACGCAGAGAUAGUUUCAAUGGGUGGCAUUAACAGAGAGGUGAAGAGGAAGCUUAUUUCAACUCUUGGUUCAAUUUUACAGGCCAAACUGUCGAUUCCCACUGCAAGAUUCUUCCUCAAGGUUUAUGAUACGACAGCGGAUCGAACCAGCUCCAGAUUAUGAUUCCCAGAAGGGGCAAAUUGAUUAAUAUCUACGGUGAACUGGGUAAAGCAAUCUAUUAAGACUAAAAGAAUAAAGAUUGUUGAAUGAUGUUGAUUAUUGAGUGUUUAGUUGACUAUCAACUAAAUUAAGCUUAAAUUUUACUGGUUUAAUUUGAAUUAGUUCAAACUCAGAUAUUUAAAUUGAUUUACACAUGGUUGGAGAAACAAAUCUUUGACUUGUUUCCUCCGAGUUUGAAGUUAAA